AUAUAGUAUAUUUGAAAACUGAUCAAUCCUGUAAGGUUAAUAACCUCCAAUAGGUACAGGUAGCAUCCUAGCAGGGGCGGACUGACAACUCAUGGGGCCCCGGGCAAUAGGGAUCAUGGGGCCCCUGUGUCCUUGCCCAAACUCAAAAAAGCCUGUGAAAAAGGUACCAGGGGCAUCUCAUAGGGCCCCCUACUGACCCCGGGCCCUCGGGCAGUGCCCGAGUUUCCAAAUGGUCAGUCCGUCCCUGCAUCCUAGUA